ACCAGGAACCCCAGGCCCAUUGGACACCAUGCCCUCCUUGGGGACCCUGUGCAGCCUGCUGCUCUUCACUGUGCUCUGGAUGGACUUGGCCAUGGCGGGCUCCAGCUUCCUGAGCCCUGACCACCAGAAAGUCCAGCAGAGAAAGGAGUCCAAGAAGCCACCAGCCAAACUGCAGCCCCGAGCUCUCGAAGGCUCGCUCCGCCCAGAAGACAGAAGUCAAGUGGAAGGGGCAGAGGAUGAGCUGGAGAUCCAGUUCAACGUCCCCUUUGAUGUCGGAAUCAAGCUGUCGGGGGCUCAGUACCACCAGCACAGCCAGGCCCUGGGGAAGUUUCUUCAGGACAUCCUCUGGGAAGAGGCCAACGAGGCCCUGGCAGACGAGUGAUCAUCCACAAGACCGGCCCGCCUGUGUUCCUCCCAACCUUAGAAGCACUCACCCGCUUUUACACUGUUUCUGCAACCACUCCAGUUCUGAGUGGUACUAGUUUAAGAGGUGAAUAAACAUUCAAACCAUAUGCCG